AUAAUGCGCGCAGGGCUGGAACUAAUUCCCGGCCUUCUCUCUCCUCUUCUCUUCUCAUGCACCAUCGCGCCCCUCCUCGCACUUUCUCUUUGUAGCUUCGUGAUAGAAAUAUCGGAUAGACGGUAUGGCGUCGUUAUUGGUAUAAUGCAAAAAACACACGAGUAUCGAAGCCUGGAGCACUUGUUUUGUGUUACCAAGACUCACUUGCUUGGUACACCGGUUAGUUUCUACUGUCGUCUCGUUAGCUCUGCGUUCACGUACACAUUGGGAAGGGGAGCGGGCGCGUGUACGUGUCCGUGUGAAAAUGUGUACUCGUUACGAAACCUAAAUAUAAACGUAAAUAAGAAGCCGCAUUUACGGUGGUUUAAUGCUGCCUAAGUGAGGCAAAAGUUUGUUCUGCGUCUGCGGAAAAAUCGUCGGGGAUCGCGAGGAAAACGGUAGUUUUGGAAAAUGUGUUUAAAUAAGUAAAGGAACAAUUAUUUGGGAUCGGAAACUCUAAAUUAGGUUUCAAAAAAGCUGAGUGCUUUCGACUUCGCGUCGUCACACGUGAAUUGGUGUUUGGCACUCGAGUGAACGGAAGUUGUGCGUUCAUAAAGUGGGCAGUUUUCUAUGAGUGAAAUAUACGGAUUCGAGUAAAGGAUUUUGUAACAUGAAUCAAAGGAUCGGGGAAUCUAUUUUUCGAGUGUUUUCAAGAGACUCGGUUCAAGGGAUCGUCAAACAAAUGUUUGCUUUGAAAUGUAAAAUUUAUCGAAACAGUCUAUUAUGAUCUAUGAUGUCAGUGAAGACGCUUGGGAAAUCGAAAAAGUGCAAUUUUAUUAUUGCUCAGUGAUCGAAUUCAUAAUGAGUCAAUGCACUCGUGACAAUAUGACGACGCGUCGUUGCGCUCUGGUUCCGGGUCCAACAUCAAAAAGCGCGAAAAAUUUGUUGUACAGCAGCGCUGGACCAAGCUCGCCCAUUAGACCCCGAUCGAAGUACGAACUAAGGAGCAUUAGUUUCGAGGGAGGCAAAGUUUUGCCAUGGACGACGAGGUUCUCGACGGAUUCGAUCUUGAGAAGAGGCGUGCUGGCGAGGCGGUUUUACGGUAGCAUUGAAAUGCUGCCGCAGGUCGACCAAGAUGGUACAGAUGGCCGCCGAUUUCGUGUCGAGAACGGUGAUUCGCUGGGCGAAAAAGAAGAGAUAUUCGGCUCACCGAGUACACCUGUAUUAGAAAAUCCGGAAAAUCAAACUCGGUGGUACUUCAAAUAUUUUCUCGGCAAACUUCACCAAAAUUAUGUCACUUGCGAUUCUGAGAGGAACCCUCUCUUCUUGUCAAUCGUCCUUAGCGACGGAGGCGAUCAGUGUGUUCCCCAUUAUCGCGUCAUCUUGUGGAAACGAACGGGAGCUCAGAAAAUAUCUUUGCCUUAUCCCGCUCAGAAAACUACAACCGUGAAACAAAUACUCAGCACCUUUUUUGGAAUGGAUAAGCUCGAUAAGGCACCACGAGAAAUUUCUGCACCUGAAAUACAAAAGGAUCUGCUGUUACUCGAGGAACAAGAAGGCUCUGUGAACUUCAAGUUUGGCGUUAUAUAUGCCGAAGAAGGACAAACAACCGACGAUGCGAUGCUGUCCAAUGUCACCGAGAGCCCAGGUUUUGUUAAAUUCUUGGAGAUUCUUGGAGAGCGAAUCCAACUGAAGGGCUGGGACAAAUACAGAGGCGGUUUGGACGUCAAAGGUGAUAUGACUGGCAAAGAGAGCGUUUAUACGGUGUACGCUGGCCACGAAGUAAUGUAUCACGUGAGUACGAUGCUCCCAUAUUCGAAGGAUAAUCCCCAGCAGCUAGAACGGAAGCGGCAUAUUGGGAACGACAUUGUCAACAUUAUUUAUACGGAUGAUCCCACAGUGUUUGAAACCUUCAAUCCGAAUUGCAUCAAAAGUCAGUUCACACAUGUUUUCGCGAUUGUGACAAGCUUGGAUUCGCAUCAGAGCUGGCGCGUCGCAGUUUACUGCGACGAGACCGUGCCUCUGUUCGGUCCCUGUCUUCCUUGUCCGCCGAUAUUCAAUGAUCCCUACAAUUUCCGUGAGUUUCUACUCGUCAAGCUGAUAAAUGGGGAAAAGGCGACUUUCGACACUCCGACGUUCUCAAGAAAACGCGAAAGAACUUUGGACACAUUGUUGCGCGACAUGUACCAGGAAUACGUCCAAGAAGGCAAGAGCAAUAACAUGUUAAACCGUCGCGCCUUAUCGGACGUGGUAGACACGCCAGGACGACAUCGCGAGGAAGCACGCGCAGUAGAAAUGGUACGAGUUGGUCAGGCGUUGAAACUUGAAGCUAUUGUACGCGGCUUGGCACCAACGUCACUCGCCACAGUUGGUCCUUUGAAACCGCGCCCAUGGGAACCCAGAUGCAUAUACCCCGAUUUCCCAUACGAUAUCGUCUGCGGUGACGUUUGGGCAGAAAACAAGCUCGUACUGUCCACGGAGAAUGGAACUUACCUACUCGAAGAUGGCCUGUCACAAGGACUGAUUUUCGACAAAUCUGUCCUCGUCAAACAAAUAGAUGUCGUUGAGCACUUCAGUAUCCUUCUCUUUCGGGCAGGCGAGAAAGGCCGCGAAAGCAAUGUGCACAUUUAUCGUUUGAACGAAUUGAACGAUCCGAAAGGGGCAAUGGACUUGAGUUCAUUCGAAGACGAUGAUGAAGAUUUUGAAAAUUAUACGGUUCGCGUUAUCCCGCAAGGACCGUCACAAUGUGUGCCCUUCACGAGAUCACGGACACAUAUAAAAAAGAGGAGAAUUGAACGAACACGCGGAUGCCAUCUCUAUAGCAUUACAAAGCCUGGAGGUUCUCAUUUACGAAUGUGCGUCGCUGUAGGACGCAGACUGACGAUUUUGCAAUGGAAGCACAACGCUGCGUGGACGACCUGGUGUUCGGCAGCCGAUACCGACACGACUGACGGCUUCGUACUCCUGAAAGAAUUCAAUGCUACGGAUCAACCGUCAUUGAUAACAAUGAUUGACAGUAAAGAAGUGGGAAACGAGUGGUUCAUCUGUUGCGGAUUCAGGCAUCAAUUCGAACUGAUUUCAGCGAAUGGAACUUCAAGAAUUUUGGACUUGGAGUCGUCGAGCAAGCCCCAUUUAGUUGCAGCUUUGGACUUACGAGAGGACGAAGAGCCUGAACUCUUGCUAUGCUAUAACAAUACUUGUCACUUCCAGAAACUGCACGAAGACAGUGUUGCUUCCAAGGAAUUUGACUUCAACUGGAAUUCCGUGCCGAUAGCCGUCGCCUGCGCUUUCCCAUACGUGAUCGCAUUCACCGCCACUACGAUGGAAAUACGGCUGAUCAUAAAUGGCAAUCUCGUUCACAAUGUAGCCUUGCCGAAUCUCUGUUUAAUCAGCUCGAAACGUGACAUAUUUUUUGCCACUACGGCGCCUGAGUUGGUCACGUCAAGAAACGAUAAAUUUAGUGUCGAUGGCACACUCUCAGAAGCGGAAGAGCGUGUGGCACAGUUUUCCCACCAAUCGACUAACUUGCAAGCUCCCCAGGGGGAUACGAAACCCAUGAGAAUUUAUCGAAUUCCUUUCCAUACCCUGUCAAGGGCCCCUUCGACUCACUGUCCUCGGAGAAUAUGCUCCAGUCCCACUGGAACGGAUAUCAUCGGCCCUCAACCUUCUGGAGAUAAUAAUUUAUUAAGUGUCAAUUCGCACAGAGUGCUUAGUAGAUCGUGCAGCAGUAGUCCCACACCAACUAUUGAUGCGUCUUUUCCAAAUACUGCAAGCAAAUGAAAUUCGAAUAACAUUUUUUUCAAAUGUUGCGAGAAUUUCGAAAUUUUGGUCAAUCACAUUAAUAAAGCUGCCAAUUUUCAAGUUAUCACCAAUACCACUUACCUAUGUAACUAUGUAACGCAAAACUGCAAGUCGGAUAACACGUGCAAUGUAUACUCUUGAAAAUAUCGGAUAAUUGAACUGUUUUUCAUCAAUGAGCAAUAAAAUGAUCAUUUUAUCAUGAUAAAACUUUAAA